AAUGCCAAGUGCUUCUGAAAGCUGGUUCCCUUUUUCACAUGUCCUCUUUUUUUUCCUUUUGAUUUUUCCAAGAAAGCUUGUUCUGUUCUCUUCAAAAAACAAAUGAGGGAAAAGGGGCAAAAUCACACAUUUUUUUGUUGACUGAGUAAUUGCUAUGUCAGUAGUGCCUGCAGCAGGGCUCGACUAACAGCUAAGAAAUCAACUCUAUCAAGACUUUGUAGUUAUUUCUGGGAUCCAGAUUUGAGCCAUCUUGGGUUGUUUGGUGGGGUGUGAAGUGGCAUCAUCAGAUCAACUAUAUCAAGACUUUGUAGUUAUUUCUAGGAUCCAGAUUUGAGCCAUCUUGAGUUGUUUGGUGUGGUAAGAAGUGGCAUCAUCACUGCUCAAUGUGUGCUCCACAGGGAGCCCUCCCAGGGUGCUCUGUUCCUUCUUGCUGUGAAAGAGACUCUCUCUCUGGUUCCAAGUGUUAAUCUCCCUUCUCUGAGAGAUUAAAAGAAAAAGGUUGUUCCAUUUCCAGGCAACACCCUGUGCCUGAAAAAUGGUUUCUGUGCAAUAGUCCUAGAAAGGAGAUCCAAGGAGAUAAGAUCAGACUGGAAUGAGAUAACAUCAGCCAGAGCAAUGGUGCCGGAAUGAACAAUAAGGAAAACAAGCAGAGAUGAAUUCAGUAAGUGUGAAAGCCUGUUGGGCUGGUCCCUGCUCAGUCAGCUGUGGAGAAACACACCCAGGAGAAAGCCCAGCUCACAGAGCUCAGCUUGCCAUCACCUUCACCAGGCAGGCUGCAGGUAUCCACGUGCAGCUGAACAGCUCUGGCUGAGCCUUUGCUGGAAAAGAAAGGUUUGUCCCCGAGGUGACCUGCAUGUGGAAAGGAUCUCUUCCAGCAAAGAUGGGCCAGAAGGUCUCCCAGGAGGACAACCAGGAGAGCAGGGCUGAAACCCUGGCCAUCUGCGAAGUUUUCAGCCAGGGCGUGCUCCACGCAUCUCAAAGGCUGAAGGACUACCUCGGUUUUGUGGAUCCCCAGAGCAAAUUCCAGCCAGCCACCAACACGCUGAGCGAGAUCUUCCUGGUCAACUUCAUCAGCUUCUGCGUGGGAAAGGGCGUGGAGGAGCGGAUCACGACCAGCAAGAUGAGCAAGCAGCAGUCCUCCCUGUUCGGCGUGGACUGGGUCUGGACCGUGUGCGGCUCUGACAAGCAGGUCGAGCUGCAGAUCGCCGUGCAGGCUCUGCAGCCGGCCGAGCUGCUCCGGGGCGAGGGCCCUGCCGAGGAUUGCUGCCGGGAGGCCGCGCUGGCCGACCCGUGCUUCCAGAACAUGAGCAGGUGUGAGAAGCUGGCCGAGUUCUGCCGCCUGGUGGGACGGGACUGCCGGGGGCUGUUCGUCAUGUUCGGCGUGCCGGGGAAGCCCAAGGACAUCCGAGGAGUCCUGCUGGACAGCGUUGCCAAGGAGGAGCAAAAAUGCCGCCUGUCGGGCAGGAACGCGCUGCGGCGAUUUGUCACCAGCACUGACAGCUCCCUGCCCACAAAAGAUAUGCUGGAGAAUUGCCUGGGCACCAAAAACGGGCUGAAGGACGUGGGUAAUGCAUACAUAAACUUCGUGUGAGCAGCUGGGCAGGAGCAGUGGCUCCGUGCAGCACCAGGGGCUGCCCCUCUUGUUCCAUUCCCUCCAGCUUCCCCUCCACCCAUCGUGUUCCCUGAGCUCCUGAGUCAGCCUCUCCAGGUUUUAAAACAACAAGAUGGACCUGCCAGAAAAAAGUGUUUAUAGAAGGCACGACGCUUUGCCAGAACAUUUUGUUCGCCAGACAUUAAGUCUUGGCUGGAGCUGCUGAAAGCUUUAUCAGCCAGAGCUCUGGGGAGGUCCUGGUGGAUUUGACUCAGAGCCUUUGUUUGCUGUGGCAGAGAUUUGUUUCUGUCCUGGGAGGGUGAACGUGCUGGUGCUGGUCAGAAGAGUUGCAAUGAGCGGGAAGGACAGUACCAGGCCUUAAAAUGACUGAUUUGAAGGAGUGAGCUGGUUUCAAUUAAGAGGAAAUACAGGGGAAAAGAGGAAAAGCCCUUCCCAGUGCUAGAAAUGGGCUCUGAGAGAGAGACAUUAAUUACCUGCCCCCUAAUUAGUGCCAGGCUCCACAGGGCCUUGGGGCUGUGAACAAAAGGCAGGGCUGGAGCCAACUGCAGAGCUUUUCUCACUGGGUGGCUGUGUCAGGGACAGGUGUGGCAAGAGCCAGGGGCAGGUGUUGAAGAAUACUUGGGGAAAAUCGAGCAAUGGGGACAAAAACCAGGCCUGAUGUGGGUGGGACCUUUUCAUAACAACAGAGGCAGCCCCUGACCAUUCACGGCAGAGAGCAAAUCUGGAGGAGGCAAGAUGAUUCCACUUGGAAUUUCUUUUCAGUAGCUUAGCAGCUGAUGGCAUUUAUGGGCUUGAUUUAUUCUAUUUCUCUCAGCUUUUACUGGACUAAGUGAGGCUUUUGGGUUGUACAAUUAUAAUUACUUGCUUUACUGUUAACCAGUGAAAGAGGACUGAUCCAUAUUCCAACUGGUAAACUCACUUUGGUUAUAGCUGUGUGAAUAGUCUUGUCAGUGCAAAACUCAUCUGCCUCUAAUUUUAAUAUAAAUUCAAUCAUUUAAUGGAAUAAAAAUAAUUUUGAAAACACAAUCGUCUUUCACUAUUUACUAUUUGAGUUGUAAGAUGGGGGCAGCUGUGAGAACUGACAAUGAGAGGCUGUUACUUAAAGAGCCAUUAAAAAAGAGCCUAAAGAGGCUGAGACAGCAGUGCCACGAGUGUUUGCAGCAUUCCAUGGCAGAGGCAGGGAGUCUGAGAAGGGAACUGAAAUAAAAACAAACACGGAGAACUGUGACAUUUUGCUAAAUCACAAACGUAGCUGGGUUUGGAGAAGGGUGACCUUUCAGUCCUGAAACAGUUCAUUGAGAUAGAAUUGCUUUUAAAGAGCUGCUGUCACUAUAUUCUGUGUGUGGCUGGGUUUGGUGGGACAGAGGAGACAGUUCUGGAGUGUUGCAGAGAGAACCUGCAUAGCUGUGGGGGAUUGGGUUUUUUUUUUGCCUGUUUAAACUAACAGAAUAAUGAACACUGCAGCAGGAUUGAUACUCACUUAUA